AUGGACUCGCACAAGAGUAAUAUUGCCGCUUUAAAUUGUGCCCUGUGCAGGAUGAUGUUAAUACAACCGGUGAGAGUGAAGGUGAGUGUUUUUUGCAUUAUUACUUUCGACUUUUAGGCAUGAAUUGACAAAAAGUGAGGGAAAUUGAUUGGACUGCACAGUGCAAUAUAAAUUUUGAGAGAUAUUUUGUCGUAUGAAGUGUCGGCUGGUAUGACACUCAAAUUUUUGGAUGGUAUUAGGGACGGUGGGCCAAAUUUCAUAGCUCUGGUUAUGUUGUGUCUUUGCGAGCGAUCUGAACUUCAAAUUUCCUGGGCCGCACUGUGCAAUUGCUCUUUUUGUCUACUGCACUGGGCAUAGAACAAAAGAAAGGAUACUGUGGUGUUUUAUGAGUGUUCUAGAGGCCCAUACAAAAUUUAAUCAAGUUUUGAUUUAAAUUCUUGCCCGUUGCACUGUGCAAUUUCCAAUUUUUUUCUCCGCACCGUGCAAAAACCCAAAAUUUUUUGCACAGUGCAAUUAUAAUCAUGGUAAACCAAGUUCAUUGUAAUAUUUCCAAGAACUUUUAGAGCUGUUCGCAUCGCUUCUGUGGAGCUUGUAUGCAUAGUUAUCGGCGAGCUCACCACCGCCAAUGCCCAUCCUGUUCUCACUCCCUUAUCGCAGAUGACGGCCGAGAGAAUUGGGAGCCGGAUCCCGAAUUCGAACGCAUCGUCUGCGUCUAUGUAAGUUUAGUUUUGGUUUUUCAAGCCUAUAAAGGUGCGAAAAUAUUAUUUUUUCCCAAUUUUAGAGACUAAAAGAAACCCGUUAUGUUAACGGUGCUAUGACACAAUCUCAGAUUUUAAACCUUCGAAAACAACUCCGGAGGGCGCAGAAAAUGGAAGACGAGGUGUGUGUGGUGUUAUGGCCCGAUGUGUCGGCCAGACGACUGCCCCGCGCCGCAAAUCGGGUUCGAUAUGUGAUUAUGGAUGGGACCACAACAACAGGUGGGUAAAUUAUUAUAUUUUUUGGUUGAAUUUUAGGUUUUUUUGAUGGAUUAUUCGAUAUGGGACUUGAUUGAGCACAGGAGAGGGUUUUUUUAUGUUUUUUUGAGUGCACAGUGCGAAAAAAAUAAAAUUUUUGCACCGUGCAGUCAAAAAAUUUUUUCGUAUGCUGGGCCUAAAAUUGCAUCUAUAACACUCUACUGGGUCUAAAAUAAAAUAUUCGCUCCGAUUUUUUCCAUUUUAGAGCAUAAAUUCCUCAAGAUUUCAAAUUUUUAAACUUUUGGGUAAAAGUUCCUUAUUUUGGCCACAACUUAUAACUUUGCGGAAACUGGUCGGAAUUAGCCCAAAUUUAGCGUGCACGCUCAAUUCAUCGUUGUGAAUGCCCGGACAGUGGAUUUAGUUAGUGAGGUACCUUCUUUUUUACGUACCACCUUACCCUUCAAAAACGGCUGCAGCCUGUGAUUUUACACUUUAUACGAUGAAACAUGUCCGGAACUAAACUUAUUGCCUCCGUAUGGAACUAAAUGAGUCGUCACAGCCUUCGUAGGUACCCUUAAAACUAUAGAGCUAUUAUAGUAAUUCAGUGCCAGCUAGAUCGAAGCGUUUUUUCCUAACUUUAGUGCCCAAGCUUGGGCGCAGUUCGCGGGGUACCUUUGUUGUGGCCAAAAUAAGGAACUUUUUCCUCUAAAAUUCAAUAUUCGCUUCAAUUUUCUCCAUUUUAGAGCAUAAAUUCCUCAAAAUUUCAAAUUUUUUUAUUUUUUGCACCGUGCAGUCAAAAAAAUUUUUUACAUGUAAGUAAUAUAAAAUUGCAUCUGUAACUCUCUACUGGGUUUAAAAUUAAAUAUUCGCUCCAAUUUUCUCUACUUUAGAGCGUAAAUUCCUCAAAAUUGCAAAUUUCUAUAUUACCCAUGACACUUUUCCCAUUUCAGUGCACCACCUAGCCAAUUUCAUCCUGAUCCGAACGAAAGUGGAAACCAAAAACCCCAACCCCAAUCCCGACGAAUUUCUGGUCGAGUUCGCGCCGGUGAUCUUCGACAAACCCGACUUUUUGCCCGACCAACUCCCCUCCACGGCCGUUUUGUUCCGCCCGAACCAAGUGAAGCCCCCACGACGCUCCGCCGACCCGCCGGACGCCGACGAGCCACCCUUCAAGACUCCGAAUCAAAUGCUGGCCAUCCAGUACCCCUUCCGACCACUGCCCAACGAGAUGAAAAUGGGCGAAGUGAAGCGACAGUACUACCGCAACACAAGAAAGACCUUCAAACUCCUGUUCCGGAUAUUCCAUCGACACGAAAUGAAUGGAGCCCAUGUGGAAUGUAAAAAGUAA